AUGGAGGAUGGUGUAAAGGCUGAACUAUUCCAGUUCAUUCCCCCAGAAGAGCAUGAAUUGAUGAAUUAUCAGAGUUUCGGCUCUCAGUUCGGGAGGGGCGUCAGUAAUGCUCAUUCCGAAAUGGCUUCAGAUGUCAAGGUGUGUGCUGGUGCCAUCUUCAGUCUGAGCGUGAACAUCUUCAUAUGGGGCUACAAACGACACAAAGACCCUGGAUGUCGUGCGCUUUUACUGAGUCCCCAUGGUGACUAUAUGAAAUUUGUGCCAGUGUUCUUUCCUACAUCCAAAAAGCUGGUACCAACUGGUGCAAGUGUUGAAAGUAUCGCUCUUCGGCAAAUCAUCACUGGCUGCCACAGGUGCUGCAUCUUCGAGGACAAAGCAAUAUCCCUACUUUCCGGUGACGCAGAACUGACUGAGAUUGGGGAGACUACUAAGAUACCAUAUCGCAAAUACCACAACUUCUUCCGUCAAUGCCUACUGACUGGAGGCUCCUGGGCACAUCAGGUUUUCUUAUUCUUCAACAACGCUCUCUUCUCAACUUCAUCCUCUGUCCCUCCUCCUGCCAAUGACAAUGAACCAGGCCACAUAUAUGAAGAAGAGUUCGAGCGUGCCAUGGAACAGGAGCUCAAAGGCCUGGUCUUCAAUGCAGAUGUCGUUGGUCUGCUAUUACCAAACCCAUGGACCAUUCAUAUCCCACACGAUUCACUACUUUCAGACUCUGAAGAUGAGGCUCAUCCCAAAUUAUCCUCCCACAGCUCCCACUAUUGUAGCCCCACCUGUUCCAGCUCCUUCAGAGUCUAUAUCUACCAUGAUGGGGGCCUUAAUCUGGGGCCUCAAGAUGCCCAUGUUGAAAUUGAACAUUUAGGUCCCAUGGAAAUUGACAAUGCAUGCCCCAAACCAAAACCAAAACCAAAGCCCCGACGCAAAGCCCAGACAGCUGAUAAUCUUGUCAUUGGCGAAGACCUUAUCAUCCUUAACCACACCAUCCUUGACCUCAUUGAACACGCAGAAAAAGAAUGGGAUGCCAAACUCACAUGCACUAGUAAAACGCUUCCCGAAGCAGUUGCACCAACAUCAUAUGGUUGGCUCUCAUUGAUAGACUCAUUGACAGACUCUGGACCAGAUGCAGUCACUGUUGUCAAUGGCCAUCACUGCCAGCCAGAACCCACCACACCAAUGUGCCAACAACAUUAG